AGCUCGGGUUUCAAUUUCAUGGACAACGCAGCGCGAAAUUUGCGCGGCAUCGUUGAGGAUGUUCAGUCACCAAGUGCCGGCUUGUUGGAUUUCCCCUCACCUGCAAGCGACUUAGAAAUCUACACUCCCGGUGUUGGCUCGUUAUCUUUGGCAGCAAACGUGACCUCUAAUCCAUGGCCGGGUCCCGAUGCGUGUUUGUCUUCUGCAACAUCUGCAAUUCCUGACACAGCAGAGCUGCAGCCUCCAGUCUCUACGCCAGCUCACGAAUUUGAACAGCCUGGCCUUGGCUUCGAUGCUCUUGUCGGCGCUCGUGUAGCACCUGCCCCUACUAGUCCUCCACCACUUACUUCCCUCAAGGACAGUAGAGACCUUCGUUUACCAUCGUUCGCGCAACUUGGAAUAGCUGCCCCGCACUCUGAACCAGUUCGUCCACUACUUGUACGCAAUCCUCAUCCUUGUCUUGGCGGCGACGACUCAGCAGCUCUACCCCGAGUUGGAUCAGAAGCUCUUAGUGAAGGAACCAAACUACGUGUCGAUCAACACGACGACGACGAUGCUUCGCUCGGACACGUAGACGCAUUUCACCUCGAGUCUUCGUCCACAGUACAACCUAGAGCACCUCUCCACAGUCCAGUGCAUCACUAUGUUACGACGCUUACACCUCCUGACGACACUGGCAGAAUAACGUGGGAAUCAAUCACGCAGUUUGCGACAGGACCUAUGACUUCUCCAAUGGCUGCAAGCGGCGGUCUAGCUUCUGGUGCUGAGGCUUCAGCGGCAUCGGAUCCAGACGGGUCAGCAAUUCCGAGUAUCAACGUACAAGUUUCUACUCCUAUGGAGGAAUCACCGCGUCCAUGGUUGAAGGACGCCAUAACAAUCAUGCCGUCCAACGCCUAUCAAGACCCGAUCAAGGUUCUUUCGCACGCACUACCAUGCCCAUCAACCGAAGGCCACGCCUUCCCUACCAUCAUCAGUUCUCUACACGACGAAACUCCUACAUCACCCACGUGUUGGAUCAAUGUUUUCCACGCGCUUCCCGGCAGAUUCAAUCUGGCAGAUCUUCCUACAUCACCUCCCAGCACUCCAGGACCUCCUAUUGGUGGGGAUGAUUACUUCACCAGCAAAGUCUUCGACUCAGCCGUACACAUACUCGACUACGCCGACAACCUAAAGUCCCUCCCACAGUCUCCUCGACCUGUAGUGCCGCCUUCUUCAGUAGACGUCUCCAUCGUUGAACGAUAUAUCCCACCUACCAACAAGAACGAAUUCGCCGACAUGUUCACUACCAAGGGUCCCUCAUUGUUGGUAGAUAGACUGGUCGAGUUGUCACCAGACAACGGCACGCUCAUCUUCGUAUACCCCACCAAGCGCGGAGCGCAGACUUUCGUCAACGAAUACCUAGGACCCAUUCUCGACCCGAUACUCAGAUCGAUGGUCGUUGUCAAUGGCUUCUCGUCAGACAUGGGCCAGCAACUAGGCAAGAUGGUCGCUGUCGACGAGUUGCCUGAUCAUGAUAUGAUGAAGAGGAAGAUCAUGUCACUCUGCUCUUCGUUGAGCCAAUCAAGUCCUGGAAUGGAACGCUUCCAGAAGAUACCCACGAAUUUUGAGCUACUACUGGCAACCACGGAGGAGGUCGUACUGGAUCGCAAAGUUUGGUCGCAGGAUUGGUGGGCCAAGCAGGAGAAGCCACGUAUCAGAGAAACGAUCUCGCGGUUCUUCCGCAAAGCCAACAGGGCACAGGAAGACCAGACACCUGUCAGUCUAGUGCAUGAAGUAUUGGACGGCGUCGCUCGAAAAGCAUACCCAGAAGGAAGAGAGAAACAAUCUGGCAUUGAAGUCAGUGUAUUCGUUGUCUCGAGAUCGAGGUGCGCAAAGUGA